AUGCCGGAAUUCCAUGCCCUGGUGGAGUUCACCAACAGCCCCGAGUGCCUGAGCAAGUGCCAGCUGCUGCUGGAGCGGGGCAGCUCCUCCUACUCCCAGCUCCUGGCCGCCACCUGCCUGACCAAGCUGGUGUCGCGCAGCAGCAGCGCCCUGCCCCUGGAGCAGCGCGUCGACAUCCGGAAUUAUGUGCUGAACUACCUGGCCACGAGGCCGAAGCUGGCGACGUUCGUGACGCAGGCGCUGAUCCAGCUCUACGCCAGGAUCACCAAGCUGGGCUGGUUCGACUGCCAGAAGGACGAGUACGUCUUCAGGAACGUCAUCAACGACGUCACGCGCUUCCUGCAGGUGGGCUGUCCUCCUGGAGUCA